CGGAUUUCCUGUAAGCCACACUCUUUCCAGUAAAAGCAUCUCACAAGUAGAAAUUCAUAAUGGAUAUCGCUGCUUUGCCCGCGUUUCCAGACGACGUACCGACAGCACCGUUGUUGAAAAUCUCAAUGGCAAAGUUGAUGUCGGGCGACACUGAAGAGGCAAGGCGGAUGAGCCUGGCGUGCGAAGAUCUCGGAUUCUUCUAUAUGGACCUUACUGACUGGGACAGCGCGGUGCUGUCUGACAUCGAAUCUCUGUAUCAAGUGGGGAAGAAAUUGUUUGACCUGAGCUUAACAGAGAAGAAGCAAUACGACUUUUCUGGGAUAGGCUCCUACUUUGGCUACAAACAUGCCGGAGCGUCGCCAAUUGAUGAUAAAGGAAAUUUGGAUCGGAAUGAGUUUUAUAACGUUAGCAAAGAUGACAUCUACGGUAUUGGCAAGCGGUGGCCAGCACCCGCUAUCCUCGACGAGAAUCGUAAUCUCUACCGAUCCAUCAUGGCAUCCUGCAAUGAUAUUGUUCAAAUGGUGCUCAAGACGCUAAAUAAGAGCCUUGGUCUGCCUGAUGAGACUCUUCAAAAGCUACACGCCUUUGGUGAUCCAUCUGGCGACCAAGUCCGCAUCAUUAGAGCUCCCCCGCAGCCUGUGGACGACCGCCGCACUGCUCUUGGUGCGCAUACUGACUAUGGCAGCAUCACGGUGCUCUUUAAUCAGCUUGGUGGACUUCAGAUCCUGCCACCAGGAGAGUCUUCAGAGUGGUGCUAUGUAAAGCCAUUGCCAGGGCACGCAAUCAUCAACAUGGGCGACGCCAUGGUCAAGUUUAGUAACGGCUUGUUGCGCUCCAACAUUCACCGUGUCUUUAGCCCGCCGGGCGCGCAAGCUGAUUGCACGCGAUACUCCAUUGCUUAUUUCAACCGUCCCAAUGAUAAUGUUUUGCUGAAGCGGUUGGACGGUAGCAACAGGAUCCCGCCUCUGGCAGAUGGGGUGGCUGAGGAACCCCUGACCAGCAAGGACUGGACUACCAAGCGUGCGCUAGGAAGGCUCUUUGCUAUGGCGGGGAGAAAGGAGUAUGAAGGUGCUGAGAAGCUGGGAACUGAGAAUAUUUCGAUGCGUCUAGCAACAGCAUAGCUUGCCACAUCACCACAUGCGCUCUGUCGAAGUGAACAACUGACAUCUUUGUAAUGCUUACUUAGUUUUGUAAUUGAUUUCAUAUUCUUUACUCAUCAGCGAGAAGAAAUUAAAUCAGUAAUAUUAUGAGGGUGGUGCGAAAUG